GAUUGUGUAGUUCUGAUGGAGCCCCCUUUGAGCAAGAGGAACCCGCCAGCGCUGAGAUUAGCGGAUUUGGCAACAGCUCAGGCCAGGCCGCUUCAGAAUAUGACAGGCUUCCCGGCGCUGGCCAGCCCGCCCGCCCACUCCCAACUCCGCGCCACAGCCACGCACCUCCGCCCUCGGGACCUGAGCUCUGACCCCGGCGUGGCCAUCACUCCGCUCGGACCCGAGCACAUGGCCCAGGCGAGCGCGCUCGGCCUCAGCCUUCCCUCAAAGGCGCUCCCGGCACAUCCCGAGGCGCCGGCGGCCGCCGCCCGCGCUGCAGCCUCGGUCGCGCACCCCGGCGCCAGCACCUACCUCGGUGGCGGGGGCAGCGGCCGCGCGCAGCCCUCCGCGCCCCCGCCCCCAGCCCCUCCUCUUCCUCCCUCCCCUUCACCCCCUCCUCCUCCCCCUCCCCCUCCUCCUGCCCUCUCGGGCUACACCGCCACCGACAGUGGCGGCGGCGGCAGCAGCGGCAAAGGCCACAGCAGGGACUUCGUCCUCCGGAGGGACCUUUCCGCCACGGCCCCCGCGGCGGCCAUGCACGGGGUCCCUCUUGGAGGGGAGCAGCGGUCUGGCACAGGCUCCCCCCAGCACUCGGCCCCGCCUCCUCACUCGGCUGGCAUGUUCAUCUCGGCCAGCGGCACCUACGCGGGCCCGGACGGUAGCGGCGGCGGGGGCCCGGCGCUCUUCCCCGCGCUGCACGACGCUCCGGGAGCCCCCGGCGGCCACCCGCACCCGCUCAACGGCCAGAUGCGCUUGGGGCUGGCGGCGGCCGCAGCAGCCGCGGCGGCUGAGCUGUACGGACGUACCGAGCCGCCCUUCGCGCCGCGCUCCGGGGAUGCGCACUACGGGGCGGUGGCGGCCGCUGCAGCCGCCGCCCUGCACGGCUACGGAGCCGUGAACUUAAACCUGAACCUGGCGGCGGCUGCUGCUGCCGCGGCAGCCGGACCGGGGCCCCACCUGCAGCACCACGCGCCGCCCCCGGCGCCGCCGCCGCCGCCGCCGCCGGCGCCCGCGCAGCACCCGCACCAGCACCACCCCCACCUCCCAGGGGCGGCCGGGGCCUUCCUGCGCUACAUGCGGCAGCCAAUCAAGCAGGAGCUCAUCUGCAAGUGGAUCGACCCCGAGGAGCUGGCCGGGCCGCCACCGCCACCGCCCCCGGCCGGCGGCGCCAAGCCCUGCUCCAAAACUUUCGGCACCAUGCACGAGCUGGUGAACCACGUCACGGUGGAGCACGUGGGCGGCCCAGAGCAAAGCAACCACGUCUGCUUCUGGGAGGACUGUCCGCGCGAGGGCAAGCCCUUCAAGGCCAAAUACAAGCUCAUCAACCACAUCCGCGUGCACACGGGCGAGAAGCCCUUUCCCUGCCCGUUCCCGGGCUGCGGCAAGGUCUUCGCGCGCUCGGAAAACCUCAAGAUCCACAAGCGCACUCAUACAGGGGAAAAGCCUUUCAAAUGUGAAUUUGAUGGCUGUGACAGGAAAUUUGCCAACAGCAGCGAUCGGAAGAAACAUUCCCAUGUCCACACGAGCGACAAGCCUUACUACUGCAAGAUCCGAGGCUGUGACAAGUCCUACACUCACCCCAGCUCUCUGAGGAAGCACAUGAAGAUUCACUGCAAGUCCCCACCACCUUCUCCAGGAGCCCUUGGUUACUCCUCAGUGGGGACUCCAGUGGGUGCCCCCUUGUCCCCUGUGCUGGACCCAACCAGGAGUCGUUCUAGCACUCUGUCUCCUCAGGUGACCAACCUCAAUGAGUGGUAUGUUUGCCAGGCCAGUGGAGCCCCCAGCCACCUUCACACACCUUCCAGCAACGGAACCACUUCCGAGUCUGAAGACGAAGAGAUGUAUGGGAACUCUGAAGUCCCGCGGACGAUACAUUAGAAUUUACUAGUAAUAAUAAUAAGUAAUAAGUGGGAGUCCUUGGACCAUAUCCUAACCUGAGACAAUGCCGAGCCUGAGACAAACCCUUGACUCAGACUUGCCACCGGGUCUAA